UGCCAAGUGUUUCAACUGUUAGCAUCAUGUUUCUUCGAGCAAUUUCUGUACUUUUUAUCCUUUUGGCGGGAAAAUCUAUCUAUGCUUCGACGAUUUAUCCCUGUGGUGAGGAUCUUCAGUUGCUUCAACAUGCAACGAGUUGCUCGAUGUUCGUGAUUUGUAUGCAUGGUCGAGCUGUGGAACGAUCCUGUCGUCCAGGAUUUCAUUUUGAUGCAACAGCUUUAGAGUGCAGACCUCCAGCUGCUGCCAACUGUACUCUGGAAACGGAUCCAUGUCCACCAUACGAUGAUCCAGAAAAUAUCAUCUUCCACCCAGAUGAAAAUUUCUGCAAUCGCUUCCAUAUCUGCUACCGCGGUGAAAAGAUGCAACAUAAUUGUGGAGAGGGACUGUACUGGGAUAGAGUCAAUGAGUUCUGCACAUUUCCCGAAGAAGCCGAUUGUCCAACCAGCAUUGUCUGCCCCAAUAUUCCAGGGAUUUCAUACGAACCACAUCCGAAUCGCUGCGAGAGCUAUUUCAUUUGUAUCAAUGGAAAUUUGGUUGAUGUUUCUACAUGCUCCUACCCCAUGAUCUUCGACAUUCAUGAGCGCAAUUGCAACACUCCAGAUAUAGCUCAGUGCAUUCGGGAUCCUUGUAUCGGAACCGUAGGGCAUGUCACUAUUCCCAAUCCAGAGGACUGUCGAGAGGUGGUCUUCUGCCAAAAUGGCCGGCUCAUCAAUACCCAAAUGUGUCCUGAUGGUCAUGUUAGCGAUCAAGGAGGCAUUUGCCAACCAGGAGAUCCUGAAACAUGCGAGAUUUUUCCACCUCCUGAUGCUUAAUACAUAUUACGGCUAUCGGACUCAAAAUAGAAGAUCCAUAAAGUCAACAGUUACAGCAACAUUCUCCAUCUUGUCUUAACAGUUUUUUUUAAUGAUUGCUUAAGAUUGAUUUAUUAUUGGUUCCAUUAAAUACGUGUUAAGAUAGCACGUUUUUUCUUCUUCACAACCGAACUAAUGUUAUUGUCGCAAAAAGAGAUUUCCAGAGAUUUCACCGAUUUCAUUCUUAUAUCGAAAAUGGUAAAAUUUUUACCGAUUCUAGGAAUUCCUGCAUUUUGAUAGAUCACAUGGUAAUCUGAAGUUGAGCACCAGUUAAUUUACAUUGGAAAAUGAACUAAUAAAAUUGAAUUCUUUAUUCGAUUAAAUUUUCACUGACUUCACAAUUUUAUAAUUUUUCUCAGACU